CAACAAAGACAAAAAAAAUUAGUUAAAAUUAGAAAUUCUUGGACGUAUAAAAAAGUCAAUAGUGAAAAUGUCCUACAGUAUAAGCGAUAGUUUUAAAUUAAUAUUUAAUCAAUUGAAAAGUAAUACCCAGAUUGCUUGUUUUUCUCAACAAUUUGAAUUUAUAGAAUUAUUAGAAACUCUAAAUGCAACCGAAAGGUAUUUGUUGGCUGCGUCCUUUUGCAAGCUUCCUUGGGAUGUAGGCAGUGUGCAUGUGUUGGCUGCGCUUCAAAAAGUAAGAAUACUAACAGCAACAGAAUUUAUUUCAAGACGUAUGUAUACAAAUCAGAAUAUCCACUUAAUACUAAAUGAUUUCUUGGAGCAAGAAUAUGAAUUAAUAACGAAUUUAAUAAUUAACGCGAGUUUUCAAUCAUAUCCGGAGAUUAAGGAACUUUUGGAGGAAUGUUUGGAGUAUUUAUUUAAAGACUUGCUAAGCCAACCAGAAUUUAAUAAUUUAAAUUACCUCUCAUGCCUCAAAACACAAUUGCCCGUUGAGAUUCUAUUGGGAGCCAUUCAAACACAUAUUGCUGUCAUAUUAAAAUUACAUCAGGCAGACGUUAGGACGAGUUUUUCCAAAUUUUCCGCUUGGAUAAAUGAGGGUGUGAACGACUUAAAGUUCCCCAAGGAUUUGUAUGAGAAAUUAAUAUUUGAUUAUUUAGAGGAAUCUUUAAAUUAUUUACUGAAAUUAUCCAAUGAAGAAAAUUUUAAAGGCUGGAAAUUUUUCCUCAUCAUUUUGCAAACUCUAAGCAGUAGUAAUAAUAAAAUAACUGGCCCUUUCAUGCAAAAGUAUUUAAAAUCACGUAUAAAACAAAGCGCUUCCAUAAACAAUAAAGAGGCUGUAAUGCAUUUGCUGUUAACAGCCAGAGCAUUUACAGCGACUGAUAUGGAUAUAAACAAGAAUUUGAAUAGUUAUGCGGAUUGGUACAAAGCAAAUAUUGGUGAAAUGAAGUAUUAUCUAAAAACUGAAGAAUUUCAAACUAUUUUACAUUUGCUACAGGAAUGCAUCGAUUAUGAAAUGGAGGAAGAUUACUUAGAAAUUCAUUCCACCAUCGUAAUUUCACCUCCCGUGCUGUGCAGCAAGUUAGUGCAUGCUUAUAAAAAUAAAUGCAAACAGAGACUAAAACAAAUUAAGGACGGUCUUCAGAAUGUGGAUAUUAAUGAAAGUAUUGUUAUAGAAAUUAGUAACUAA